ACUGAAUAGUGUUUUGAUGACUGAGAUAAACCUUGAUGGAAAGCAGGCAGAAUUCAGGCUUAUUAACCCCCCACUCCUAAUGACGCAGACACUGAGCUUGAGGGCCAAAUCUAGAAGGUUUGUAAUUAAAUGUUUAUUGGACAGUCCAUCUCCAUCCUGUCUGCUAUAAGAUAUAGACAAGCCUCUCCAUGGUGAACAAUAUUGCAGCCAGGUGAUCACAAGGCUUCCCUUGUCACCAUGAUGGAAUGUGCUCCCUGUAAAUGGCUGAAGGAGAAGAGGGAAUCCCGGCAGCUAGUCCUUGUGGUGGUUUGUGUGGCUCUGCUCUUGGAUAAUAUGCUUUUCACAGUUGUGGUUCCAAUUAUCCCAAGUUUUCUUUAUGAAAAAGAGCUUAAAAAUGCAAGCGUCACCACAACAGAACUGCACUCCCCAAUCUCUGCCUACAACUCCUCUGUCUUGUUCAAUGCGUCACUGCACGACAGUCCCACCAACUCUAGCAACAAGUGCGAAAAGAAAAAACACACCUUACACAGUGAAAAUGUACAAGUGGGUCUCCUCUUUGCAUCCAAAGCCAUCGUACAGCUCCUAGUGAACCCUUUAGUGGGCUUGAUCACAAACAGGUUUGGUUUUGAUGCUCCAUUGUUUGCCGGCUUUGUCAUCCUGUUCCUCUCCACUCUCAUGUUCGCCUUCUCUGGGUCAUAUGCACUUCUGUUUGUGGCUCGGUCAAUACAGGGCAUUGGAUCUUCCUUCUCUUCUGUUGCAGGUCUGGGCCUACUGGCAAGUGUAUAUAUGGAUGACUUUGAAAGAGGACAAGCUAUGGGAAUUGCAUUGACAGGUCUGGCAGUGGGGGUGCUUGCCGGGGCUCCUUUUGGUUCAGUUAUGUAUGAAUUUGUUGGAAGGUCUUCUCCAUUCCUGGUCCUUGCUGCGUUGGCUUUGUUGGACGGAGCUCUACAGCUGUGUAUUCUAAGACCUUCCAAAUUCUCUCCAACAACCGCUGCCCCAACGCCUUACCAUGAACUACUCCGAGAUCCGUAUAUUUUAGUGGCUGCAGCAUGUCUUUGGAUUGCUAAUAUGGCCGUUGGCAUGCUGGAGCCCACCUUGCCUAUAUGGAUGAUGGAAACUAUGUGUUCCCCAGACUGGCAGCUUGGGAUAGCCUUUUUGCCGGCAAGUGUGGCGUACCUCAUUUGUACAAAUCUUUUCGGGAUUUUAUCACACAAGAUGGGUCGGUGGCUGUGCUCAAUGCUGGGAAUGAUCGUGGUGGGAGGCGGGCUUCUGUGUGUUCCAUUAGCUAGAAACAUCUAUGGACUGAUUGGACCCAAUGCUGCUAUUGGGAUUGCCCUUGGAAUGGUGGAUUCCUCCAUAAUGCCUAUCAUGGGGUAUCUAGUAGACCUGCGCCAUACCUCAGUCUACGGUGGCAUAUAUGCCAUCUGUGACACUGCUCUUUGUUUAGGAUUUGCUGUGGGACCCUCCUUAGCAGGAGUAAUUGCAUCCAAUAUUGGCUUCUCCUGGUUAAUGGUGAUCAUCGGAAUAAUAAACAUUUUGUUCUCUCCACUUUGCAUUCUGCUACGCAAUCCACCAGCGAAGGAAGAGAAAGUGGCCAUUUUAACCCAAGAGUGUGCAAUGCAGACAAAGACAUACAUGACUCAGACCAACGGGCCGGACCUAAUCCUUUCAGACCAUAGUGAUGAUGAAUAUAACUCAACAGUCAGCAGGAAAAAAGGGACCUCACACUGACCUUCAAUGCACAUCACAUGGAUUGUAGAGGUCAUCAGACUAUCAUCAGAAUGCUCUACUUCAUUUCUCACUUGUGACAAACUGAAGCCUUGGAGAGCAUCGCUCCAUUAACUGCAUCAGGACAGUUACCAUUAAAGAACUGAUCCCUGCCCAAACUUAAACCCUGCCGGUGGUAAUCUGCAACAUCUUUAAUAAAUUUAUCUUAAAGGUACUGAAAAUGAAUUGAAUGCAUUACAGCAACCAUCAGUGGUCAUUGGUCUACAUUUAGGAAAUACGCAGUUCAUUAUACAGUGCGGUCUGAUAAAUCGUCCCCUUAAUGUUCUUCCUUAACUUCCUAAAGAAAUGUAUGGAACUUGUCUGCAA